AUGUCUGUGGCUCGGCUCUCCACUGAGAAUAAUGAUCGGGAGUCCAAAAAGACCAAGAAGGGAGCCUUACCUAUGCUGGGAUUCUCAGACGAAGAUAAGAUCGAAACCAUCCAACCCCACAACGAUGCUCUGGUAGUUACACUCAGGAUUGGGGGAUUUGAUGUGAAGAGAGUAUUGGUAGAUCAGGGCAGUGUUGUGGAAGUAAUGUACCCCGACUUGUACAGGGGGCUGAACUUAAAACCCGAAGACCUAACGGCGUACGAUUCCCUUUUGGUAAGUUUCGAGGGGAAGACCGUUGUUCGAAGGGGCCAGAUCAGACUGCCCAUACAGAUCGGUUCAGACGUGGUGGAGGUGGAUUUCAUUGUAGUUGACGCUUAUUCGUCCUACACAGCUAUUAUGGCUAAACCUUGGCUUCAUGCCCUAGGAGUUGUCUCUUCUACACUACACUAG